UGGCGUCAAUGCGCCCGCUGUGUCCAUGGAGAGAGGCUGAGGUGACCGAGCUCCGGCCGGAGGCACCGGGGCGGCCAAAAUGUCGGCUUCAUUAGUCCGGGCCACCGUUCGGGCUGUGAGCAAAAGGAAGCUGCAGCCCACCCGGGCCGCCCUCACCCUGACACCUUCAGCAGUAAACAAGAUAAAACAGCUUCUUAAAGAUAAGCCUGAACAUGUAGGUCUGAAAGUUGGCGUCCGAACCAGGGGUUGUAAUGGCCUUUCUUACACUCUAGAUUAUACGAAGACAAAAGGAGAUUCUGAUGAAGAAGUUGUUCAAGAUGGAGUCAGAGUGUUCAUCGAAAAGAAAGCACAGCUAACACUUUUAGGAACAGAAAUGGACUAUGUAGAAGACAAAUUAUCCAGUGAGUUUGUGUUCAAUAACCCAAACAUCAAAGGAACUUGUGGCUGUGGAGAAAGUUUUAAUAUUUGACACCCCAGGACUCCUCCUUCAGGUGUAGGCUCCAGGGAUGCUCCUGGAAGACCUGGGACUUUAGUACUAAAGAAAUAAUGUGACUGUCACGUUCUCAAGGUUUCCAAUGUAUGACUGCCUUAUGAGGAAAUAAAGUAUUGCAUUUUGAAAAUGAGGGCCAGUGUGUUGAAUUCAAGAAGUAGUAUUUGUAUUCUAAUUAGAGGAUGAAAAAUGAAAAGCCAUUAGUCUCCUUGGAUCAUUUUUCUGUUCUGUAAAGAAAAAGAAAAAUCCUAACCUUCACUUAACUCUCUUGUAUCCUUUGUAUUGGAACCAGUUUCAUGAAGUUGCCUUAGUGGUAGGAUUUCAGAUAGAUCUCUAUCAAAUGGCUUGAAUUGUGUACCUCCCUCAACAUUUUCCCAACCAGAUUGAUGGCUCUUGAAAUUCAGAGGCAAGAAAUCCUGACUGCUUGUAGUAAUGUGGUAGUGCAUUGCUUUUCUGCCCAAAUUUGGCAUGGCCUUUUACGCUUUAAUAAAAAAUGCCAUUGCCAAAUGCCUCACUUACCUUCCCUGAACAGUGCCAGCCACUAGAUGAAAGUUUCCGGCAAAGAUUUCCUAGAACCGAAUGAUGGUACAAAAGAUAGAAAAUACUCCACCACUUGUUUCUUAAUGCAUUUCUUUUACCACCCUAAGUGUCUUCUCAAAAUGGGGGUUGAAACUGACUUAGAUUGUUUUAGUUGAGUGGUCUCUUAAAAGCCAUCUAGCCCAUGCCCUGCUCAGUUCUGUAGCUGAGUAAGCAGAACUCCAGAGAGUCUGCAACCUGUCCAACCUCACACUGCAAGUCAGGGCGGUGCCAAGACUCAACCUCAGGUCUCCGCACUGUAAGUGAUGCAUUCCCUGCACUCUUAGUCAGGAAAGUUAAAUGGUGAUCUGGCUUCUCUGGUCAACAUUUUGAUAAAAUUUUUUAGUAAUUUGAUGAAGAUCAUGUAAGUUUUUAUUUUCUUUUGAAUGGUCAGUCUUAUUUUAAAACCCAUUUAUGUGAAUUACCAUCUUGCUGCUUCCAUGAAACCAGGAAACAGUGGUUUGUACUAGCAUGGAAUAUGUUAUGGUGGCCCAGAAUCAUUCUUCUAGAAAGUAGUAGUAAUUAUGAAGCAGAACUUGGGGGUCUUUUCUUAAAAUUCCCAGUGUGCUUUACUUUUUGGAUCUUAAACCCUAUUGCUAAAAUUUUAAACUUAGCAUUUUAAGUUAGUGUUUUUAUCACCAAAUUUUCUUUAACAGUAUUCAUUUUGUCGUUUAGCUAUCGUUUUUCCUGGGUUUGACAUAGUGAGAUGGCAAAUACACUUUUUUUGAAAGCUAAUUCUCAUGGAUUGAAGUAGCAUCCCAGUUCCUUUAUUUGUCAUAUUCACUCAAGUACCUGGCACAGAAUGCACCAAACCUGGAACAGCAGUUUUCUGUAAAUGCUCAUGAGUUUGUAUCAUUAAUAUAAUUGUUGAUCCACUUAUGAUUUGUGCAAUACUGUAUGUGUAUAGGGAUUGAUUUGUGAAUAAAAAUAGUGUGGCUUCUUUGUGAUCAUAAAA